AUGUGUUUCCUCAACGUUCUACGUCUUCACGUCAGUCAGAGCCAAAGACAGAAGCGUCUUUACAAGCAAUAUAUGGAACAAUUGGCGGGAGCGUAUGUCGAGAGAUGUCCAGAUGUGCAUUGGGACUCAAGAUAUAAUUAUAGGAACCCCAGCCCUGAAUGGAGGUACUCGUUGCCUUGUGAUGAGAGAAUUUUCGAUAAGGAAGAGUCACGAUCAUUCUGUAUGUCAGAAUUGACUGAUAGUGGACGAUGUUCGUCGGCGUGCUGCUCAGAAGUCAUCUUCAAUGGUGGACAGCAUUUUAGCGGGAAAGGCAGCGGUCAUGCUUGUCGGCGUCUAGCUUUGUGCUAUCCUGGUAACUUUGGCUUUAUGAGUAAUGGCGGUAAAAUUAACCCGUAUAAAAAUUUCAAAAUCAACAAAGCGAUCCAUCGCCACGCUUGCGGUGCCACUUGUAAUAUUAAUUAG